GGUCACGUGCCCCCCACGGCGGAAUGAUGUCAAGGUAUGUCAUCCUGAGCCCUGAGGUGAAUGGAAGGUAAGUACAGUAGACGGUAAACAAUGUUUUAAUUACUUUUAUAAAGAUUGAAUGUUAUUACUUCACACAUGAUUUGAUAUCUGUAAUUAAAUGACCCUAUCAGUAUGUAGGCUGUUGGUAAGACCGUGGUACAGGCCUACAUAGAUACCAUUACAGUACGAUACCUUUUUCCUUACAUAAACUCAAGUUUAGAUUAGUUGAUGUCCAUAGAGUUGAUAACCUGCCAAUAUGUGAUUCUCUGGAAGAAAAUACUAGACUGCUGUAAUACAAUAACUCACCCACAUCUAACAUGGUUACUCUGUAGGUUAUUACUGAUUUAGUAUGGUAUCUGUUGUAAUAAUAACACUAUCACCCACAUCUAACAUGGUUACUUUAUGUAGGUUAUGACUGAUUUAGUAUGGUAUCUGCUGAUCUGCUCCAUCCUUUUGUAUAUACAAUAUUUUUGCAUAUACUUUUCUGAAAAUCUCACCAAAGUGUGUCUGCAAUAUACAGGCAUCCUUUUUGUCUUUCUUGCAAGACUGACAUGACUGUUGCUUCUCUUUUUAGAUGCUGUGUCUGACAUCACGUCUGCCUCCAUGAAGCUCCUGGCCAGCUCUGAGAUCGCUGCUGCCUCGGUAGCCGAGAGGAGGCUCAUGCCCGCCGUCCAACACCUAGAAGACCGGACUGAAGAACCCUUGCUCGCUCCCGCUGAGGACAUUCUAGAAUCCCUGGAGGUUCCUAAAGCUAAGGUAGAGCAGGAAGUAGUAUCUGUGGAGGUGGAAGUGGCAGUAGAAGCAUCAGCUGCAGAAGCAGCUGUCGUGGAAACUGAAGAACCAGAAGAGGAGGCUGUUGUUGCUGCCCCUGAUGUCACAGAGGAAGUGGUUACUGAGGCGACCCCUGAGCCAGAGGAAGUAGUUCCGGUCGCCGUAGAGGAGGAGACGGCUGCACUUCCCCUAGAGGCCCCAGAGCUCCCUGCCGCUGUGGAAGUACCUGUGGCUGAGGCUUCUGCCGCUGUGGAAGUACCUGAGGCUUCUGCCGCUGUGGAAGUACCUGAGGCUUCUGCCGCUGUGGAAGUACCUGAGGCUUCUGCCGCUGUGGAAGUACCUGAGGCUUCUGCCGCUGUGGAAGUACCUGAGGCUUCUGCCGCUGUGGAAGUACCUGUGGCUGAGGCUUCUGCCGCUGUGGAAGUACCUGAGGCUUCUGCCAAGGAGGGACCAAUAGUAGAAGCACCAGCAGUAGAGGAAUUUUCCCCAGAAGAGGCUGCCCCAGUCGAAGAGUCAGCGCCAGUUGAGGCAGAGGUACCUGCAGCCGAAGAGGUAGCAGUAGUAGAGGAUGCUGCCCCAGUGGAGGAAGCCCCAGUAGCGGAGGAAGCCCCAGUAGCGGAGGAAGCCCCAGUAGCGGAGGAAGCCCCAGCAGCGGAGGAAGCCCCAGCAGCGGAGGAAGCCCCAGCAGCGGAGGAAGCCCCAGCAGCGGAGGAAGCCCCAGCAGCGGAGGAAGCCCCAGCAGCGGAGGAAGCGGCAGCGGCAAAGGAGGCUGUGGAGACAGCCCAAGUGUCUGAGGAUGAGGGGCUCGUCGUGGAGGCGGCAAUGCUGGCAGCAGCCUCAGCCCUGGAUGUUGUGGAGGCAGAGGCAGCCCCGGCUGAGGAAGUCAAGGAGGCCCUCUUCACUUCAUGCCACCAAUGUGAAGCCCCAGCUUCUGAGGCUCCCCCAGUUGAGGCUGCUGUGGCAGUCACCCCCGUGGAGGUUGUAGAGGCUGCAUCUGUGGUGGAAUUAGAGGCUCCCCCUGCUGGUGUGGAGUCAGUUGGUGAGGCAGUGGAGGUGACCGCAGAGGAGCGUGCCACCGAUUGGCCUGUGGAGCUGACCGCAGAGGGAGUGGAGGAAGCCAAGGUGGAAGGAGAGACUGCCAGGCCAGUAAAGAGGUCCUGCUCAGUGAUGUAAUAGUACAGAAGGUGCACAGAGUAUGAGCCUGAUGUUGCUGACAGCCCAGUCCUGACUAGAGACUAGCGAGAUGUGCCUUCUGGAAUAGUCAACGCCCACAGCUGUCAAUCAAACAGGACGAUCAACAUAAAACACACACAGAAUUAGAACUGGUUUGAAUUUAAUUCUAUAAUUAUAAUAAACUAAUUAUAUUUAAAUGUUGUCUAAUGACAACAGUUGUCAACCUUGUAACUACAUUCCAGGUUCUCACUCAGUUUCUUGGUCUUGUAUUAUCCCUACAUUUAUAUUUACGUCAUUUAGCAGACACUUUUAUCCAGAGUGACUUACAAAUUGGUGCAUUCACCUUAUGAUAAUCCAGUGGAACAACCACUUUACAAUAGUACGUCUAUAUCUUUUUUUGGGGGGGGGGUAGAAGGAUUUCUUUAUCUUAUCCCAGGUGAGGUGACACUUCUGUAAGGGUUUGAAGUCUGACUUUAUUCUUAGGUUCAGACCCAAAUGUCACCUUAUACCCUAUAUAGUGCACUACUUUUGACCAGGGCCGUAGGGGAAUUGGGUACUAUUUGGGACGGACAUCAACUAUUUCUCAGUACCACCCUGUUCCACAAGGUGCCACUGUUACCAAGCUGACGAAGACCACUUGAAUGUAUUUGAAGUUACUUGAUAAAUUAUCGUGUACUUGACAUAGCCUAAUGAAUUCUGACUGUAUUUUUUUUGAUUGAAUGAAAUAAGAUCUGAAUUGGUGUAUUAAACAGUAGGCUAUUAGACAAUGUCUAGAUGAUUGUGUUCUUCAAAGACUGUUGGGUUAGUUCUGCAUGGAGUUUUUUUUAUUCUAUCAGGGAAUAUCUAGAUUAAGUUUAGUUCCCAAGCCAGUAAACUGUUGGUAGACAGUAUUGUACCUAUGUGAUGUAAAAAUAAAAUGUAUGUUUCAGUCCAAUAACAAUCUAUGUAAUAGCUUUGCAGGUGGGGUUGGUUGGUGAGGUUGGGUGGUUGUGUGUGUGUAACACAGUAUGGAAAGACUAGUUGUCCAAACUAUCCUGUGGUUAUAUAUUCAUGUUGCUUGUGUAUAUUCUAUAGAAAGACUAGUUUGAAGAUCAAAACUAACACUAUCCUGUCACUAUAUAGUCAUGUUGUGUAUAUUUUAGAUGGAAAGACUAGUUUAAAGGUGGAAACUAACAAUAUCCUGUCAUUUAUUUAAGUCAUAAUAUAAUUGUCAUUAUGUAAUUACUAAAAAAGCUACUAUGAUGUCAUACUCAGAAAAGUGUAAUGUUGUAUUUCUAAAUUGAAUGGAGCUGUACGCUUAUUCAGAAUGGACAAGUGGACUGUACACUUUUGACUUUGAACUUCAUUGACAUGAUUCCAUAUCUAAUUAUGAGAUUCAAUUUGGAGAGGCCUUUUUUUAAUGGAUGAAAUGAUCAACUCAAUAAUUGUUUUAUGUAUAGUAUGUUAUUGUAAAGACUAAUUCUUUGUAAAUAAAUAAAGGUGAUUUAAACUG